UGUGCGGACCUCGCGAGGUGCGGGACAGCGCAGCCACGGCUCCAGACGGCGGGACGGCAGGGCCCGGCGUGGCCGCCGAUGAGUCGGGGAACCAUGCCCCAGCCCGGAGCGUGGCCCGGAGCGAGCUGCGCUGAGACGCCCGGGCGCGAGGCAGGGGCCACGGCGCGGGACGGCGGGAAGGUGACGACCGGCUCGCAGCCCCGGGCCGCGACGCGAUGCCCGGCCGAGCACGAGGAGGACAUGUACCGUGCUGCAGAUGAAAUAGAAAAGGAGAAAGAAUUGCUAAUACAUGAAAGAGGGAUAUCAGAACCCAGGUUAAGUGUGGCUCCUGAAAUGGAUAUUAUGGACUACUGCAAAAAAGAAUGGAGAGGAAAUACUCAGAAAGCCACAUGUAUGAAAAAGGGCUAUGAGGAAGUUUCUCAGAAAUUCACUUCCAUAAGGCGAGUUCGUGGUGAUAACUACUGCGCAUUGAGGGCCACACUGUUCCAGGCCAUGAGCCAGCUGGCCGAGCUGCCCCCCUGGCUGCAGGACCUGGAGCUCACACUGUUACCAGAAAAACUGAUAAACAAGUAUGCCUGGAUCAAACAGUGGAAACUUGGACUGAAAUUUGAUGGGAAGAGUGAGGACCUGGUUGAAAAAAUUAAGGAAUCCCUUGCCCUGCUAAGGAAGAAGUGGGUAAGCCUGGCUGCAAUGAAAACUCCCGAAGCGAGGCAGACAGCUUGUGAUGAACUGUUCACAAAUGAAGAGGAGGAGUACAGCCUCUACGAAGCUGUAAAGUUCCUAAUGCUAAACAGAGCCAUCGAACUGUAUGAUGACAAGGAGAAGGGAAAGGAAGUUCCGUUUUUCUCUGUGCUCUUGUUUGCCCGAGACACGUCAAAUGACCCUGAGCAGCUCCUGAGGAACCACCUAAACCAGGUGGGACACACUGGUGGCCUUGAGCAGGUUGAAAUGUUCCUUCUUGCCUAUGCUGUUCGCCACACCAUCCAGGUGUACCGGCUGUCCAAGUAUAACACUGAGGAAUUCAUCACAGUCUAUCCCACUGAUCCCCCCAAGGACUGGCCAAUGGUGACGCUCAUAGCUGAGGAUGAUCGGCACUAUAACAUCCCUGUCAGACUGUGUGAGGAGACAAGUCUGUGAGGGACACACAUGUCAACAGCCAAGAGAUGCACAUGUGCAGCUCCUCCUCUGGGGCCUCAGAUCUGCGGGUCUCCAAGGACAAUCUGGGAGAACUCUUGGGCCCCUGAAGCCAACUUUGGACCGAUAUGAUCUGAAGACUAGCUGUUGAUAAUGAGAAUUAAUUAGCCAAGCCUUCAUUCAUUGUUCUGUUACACAGUAUGUUUCACUGGGGGCUUCAGCACGUGCCUUUGGAAGGUGCAAACUGUGUCUCCAUAAGGCAGAUGUUUUUGGGUCAGAGGAAACUGUUUGGAAAGGAAUCUGUCCAAUGAAAGUUCUAACGGUAAACUGGUUUUUACUUCUCUUUUUAAAACAGUAGUUUUGUUUUUUAUUUUUAUUCCUUUUUUUGGGGAAUGGUGGUGAUGGGUCUCAUUAGUGGUCUUCCUAUGAGAUAUGCUUAAAUAGUAGUGUCCAGGGAUGAGUAGUUACAGUGUCUUUGGUAGCCUCAUCUGCUUUUGGAGGCAUGGACAGUGAAUUUAUAUGCCAAUUAACAUAUUUAAAGCAUAAUGUCUCUUAGAAGACUAAGAAUGGGGUCCCAGAGUAGUUUUUUGAAGGCUGGGAGAGGUUCAGAAGAGAGUGGGGAGGAGUUUAGGCUUUGGUUGCUGAGGCUUUGUGCCCUGGCAUUGGGAGAUCCUCUUUGUACAUGUGUUGGGUUUGCUCUAGUGUUGGGGUUGUGGAUUUCAGUGAUUCCAGUGUUUAUAGAGGUGGAAAUCUAAGCUUGUCACUCAAGUUCACAGGUGGGUGCCCCUUUUCAAGCUGCUGACGAUGCAGUGUGCUGAUGAGCCCAUGUAACUCAUCCUGUGACAGGAUGUGACACAGCCAACUACCUGGGAUGUCUGAUAAGCAAGUCGGAGCAGAAGCAUGUGCUAAGCAGUCCAGAAGUGUGAUGAGGUGCUAGGAACCUAGGAGGCAGCCAGGCUGGCUAGGAUAGCUCUGUCUGCAUGGCAUGAGCCAUGUUCCUGACUUGGGCAGGGGUAACUGGGGAGAUGUCCUGAGCAUGGGUUGCCUUGGGCCCUUUAUUUCCCUUGGGGAACAUAGCCUAUGGCCUUUGUUCUUGGUGACCAGACAUAUCCUUCUUUAGGAUUCCACCUGUAGCACCUGAAUAUUCAAAAUUUGUUGGUGGUGUUAUCCUCAUGUGUUGAACUUAUUUUAUGAUAGUUAAAAUUCUUAAUUGGACUUAAUUUCAUAUGGACGAUAAGCAACUUGUUUUGAGAAGAAAGACAACCCUUUAAAAUAUAAAUUUUGGUUUCAAUAAAAAUUAAGUCUUACGAAUGAAAACUCAGGAUAUAAAAAGCAAUCAGACCCUUGUAGUAUUUCUUACAUUGCCUUGUGAGUAAAAUCACCACAUUUCAUUAACUGUUUAUUGAAUAGAGUGCUGGCAUCCCUCUCUGUUCUGAAUGUGUGUGACUAUGCUGAGAGGCAUUGUGUUGUCACUCUGAAAUGCUGUGGUACCCUUACCUCAGGAGGCCCUGAGCAGCAAGUUAAAAUGGGAAUAAUGACUUAUUCUGGACUUUGACACUUUAUAUUGUUGCUUGUAAUUAAAUAGUGGGGAACGUCUGCAUUCAUGUUUGAACAGUUUUGGAAGCAGAACUUGAAAUGCUUAGGUAAUUCCCAGCUGACCAUUGGAUUUAUUAUCAGUAUUGAAAUUUAGUAAUAUUCUUGGAAAUACUCGUGUUUAUCUGCAUUUUAAAGACAAUAUAAUCUUAGUGAACUUGAA